CCUUCUCUGACCUGGCUCUCCCCCUCCCAAGACCCCAGUGAUGUUGCCCAGGCUGUGAACAGGGGAGGUGGCACCGUGGGGGCUGCCGGCAGCCAGGGCUGGAGAGAGACAUGUGGACACGUGGCCUCUAUGGCUCCUGCCUGCCAGAUCCUCCGCUGGGCCCUUGCCCUGGGGCUGGGCCUCACAUUCGAGGUCACCCAUGCUUUCCGGUCUCAAGAUGAGUUCCUGUCCACUCUGGAGAGCUACGAGAUUGCCUUCCCCACCCGCGUGGACCACAAUGGGGCACUGCUGGCCUUCUCACCACCUCCUCCCCGGAGGCAGCGCCGGGGAACAGGGGCCACAGCUGAGUCUUGCCUUUUCUACAAGGUGGCCGCACCCAGCACCCACUUUCUGCUGAACCUGACCCACAGCUCCCAUCUACUGGCAGGGCACGUCUCUGUGGAGUACUGGACACGGGAGGGCCUGGCCUGGCAGAGGGCUGCCCAGCCCCACUGCCUCUAUGCCGGCCACCUGCAGGGCCAGGCUGGCAGCUCCCAUGUGGCCAUCAGCACCUGUGGAGGCCUGCAUGGACUGAUUGUGGCAGAUGAGGAAGAAUACCUGAUUGAACCCCUGCAAGGUGGGCCCAAGGGUCCUCGAAGCCCAGAGGAAAGUGGACCCCACGUGGUAUAUAAGCGUUCUUCUCUGCGUCACCCCCACCUGGACACAGCCUGUGGAGUGAGAGAUGAGAAACCAUGGAAGGGACGGCCAUGGUGGCUGCGUACCCUGAAGCCACCACCUGCCAGGCCCCUGGGAAAUGACACAGAGCGUGGCCAACCAGGCCUGAAGCGGUCAGUCAGCCGAGAGCGCUAUGUGGAGACCCUGGUGGUGGCUGACAAGAUGAUGGUGGCCUACCAUGGGCGCCGCGAUGUGGAGCAGUACGUGCUGGCUAUCAUGAACAUUGUUGCCAAACUUUUUCAGGAUUCAAGUCUGGGCAACACCGUUAACAUCCUUGUAACUCGCCUCAUCCUGCUCACAGAGGACCAGCCCACUCUGGAGAUCACCCACCAUGCUGGGAAGUCCCUGGACAGCUUCUGUAAGUGGCAGAAAUCCAUAGUGAACCACAACGGCCACGGCAAUGCCAUUCCAGAGAACGGUGUGGCCAACCAUGACACAGCAGUGCUCAUCACUCGAUACGACAUCUGCAUCUAUAAGAACAAACCCUGCGGCACGUUAGGCCUGGCCCCAGUGGGCGGGAUGUGUGAGCGAGAGAGAAGUUGCAGCAUCAACGAGGACAUUGGUCUGGCCACGGCGUUCACCAUUGCCCACGAGAUUGGGCACACAUUUGGCAUGAACCAUGAUGGUGUGGGGAAUAGCUGUGGGGCCCGUGGCCAAGACCCAGCAAAGCUCAUGGCUGCCCACAUCACCAUGAAGACCAACCCAUUCGUGUGGUCAUCUUGCAGCCGCGACUACAUCACCAGCUUUCUAGACUCCGGCCUGGGGCUCUGCCUGAACAACCGGCCUCCCAGACAGGACUUCGUGUACCCAACUGUGGCACCAGGCCAAGCUUACGACGCAGAUGAGCAAUGCCGCUUCCAGCACGGAGUCAAAUCGCGUCAGUGUAAAUACGGGGUCUGCAGCGAGCUGUGGUGUCUGAGCAAGAGCAACCGGUGCAUCACCAACAGCAUUCCGGCCGCCGAGGGCACGCUCUGCCAGACGCACACCAUCGACAAGGGGUGGUGCUACAAGCGAGUGUGUGUCCCCUUCGGGUCACGGCCAGAGGGUGUGGAUGGAGCCUGGGGCUCGUGGACCCCGUGGGGCGACUGCAGCCGGACAUGCGGCGGCGGCGUGUCCUCUUCCAGCCGUCACUGCGACAGCCCCAGGCCAACCAUCGGGGGAAAGUACUGUCUGGGAGAGAGAAGGCGGCAUCGUUCCUGCAACACCGAUGACUGUCCACCUGGCUCCCAGGACUUCAGAGAAAUGCAGUGCUCUGAAUUUGACAGUGUCCCUUUCCGUGGAAAAUUCUACACAUGGAAGACAUACCGAGGAGGGGGCGUGAAGGCCUGCUCGCUCACUUGCCUAGCUGAGGGCUUCAACUUCUACACGGAGAGGGCCGCGGCGGUGGUAGAUGGGACACCGUGCCGUCCAGACACAGUGGACAUUUGUGUCAGCGGCGAGUGCAAGCAUGUGGGCUGUGACCGGGUCCUGGGCUCUGACCUGCGGGAGGACAAAUGCCGAGUGUGUGGAGGGGAUGGCAGUGCCUGUGAAACUAUUGAGGGAGUCUUCAGUCCAGCCUCAGCUGGGGCAGGGUAUGAGGACGUCGUCUGGAUCCCCAAAGGCUCUGUCCAUAUUUUCAUCCAGGACCUGAAUCUCUCCCUCAGUCACCUGGCUCUGAAGGGAGACCAGGAAUCCCUGCUCCUGGAGGGGCUACCUGGGACCCCCCAGCCCCACCGCCUGCCCCUGGCCGGGACUACCUUUCAGCUGCGACAGGGGCCAGACCAGGCUCAGAGCCUAGAAGCCCUGGGACCCAUUAAUGCCUCUCUCAUCAUCAUGGUGCUGGCCCGGACCGAGCUGCCUGCCCUCCGCUACCGAUUCAACGCACCCAUCACCCGUGAUGCUCUGCCCCCCUACUCCUGGCACUAUGCACCCUGGACCAAGUGCUCAGCCCAGUGUGCUGGUGGUAGCCAGGUGCAGGCAGUGGAGUGCCGCAACCAGCUGGACAGUUCAGCCGUGGCCCCCCACCACUGCAGUGCCCACAGCAAGCUGCCCAAGAGGCAGCGGGCCUGCAACACAGAGCCUUGCCCACCAGACUGGGUUAUAGGGAACUGGUCACGCUGCAGCCGCAGCUGUGAUGCGGGCGUGAGGAGCCGUUCUGUGGUGUGCCUGCGCCGCGUGUCAGCCGCUGAGGAGAAGGCGCUGGACGACAGUGCAUGCCCGCAACCACGCCCGCCAGUGCUGGAGGCCUGCCAGGGCCCCGCCUGUCCUCCUGAGUGGGCAGCCCUCGACUGGUCUGAGUGCACCCCAAGCUGCGGCCCAGGCCUCCGCCACCGCGUGGUCCUCUGCAAGAGCGCAGACCAUCGUGCCACGCUGCCCCCAGCACACUGCCCGCCAGCAGCCAAGCCACCUGCCACCAUGCGCUGCAACUUGCGCCGCUGCCCACCAGCCCGCUGGGUGGCGGGCGAGUGGGGUGAGUGCUCUGCGCCAUGUGGUGUCGGGCAGCAGCAGCGCUCUGUGCUCUGCACUAGCCACAUUGGCCAGCCGUCGCAGGAAUGCACCGAGGCCCUGCGGCCGCCCGCCACACAGCAGUGUGAAGCCAAGUGUGACAGCGUGCCCCCUGGAGAUGGCCCUGAAGAGUGCAAGGAUGUGAACAAGGUCGCCUACUGCCCCCUGGUGCUCAAAUUUCAAUUCUGCAGCCGAGCCUACUUCCGCCAGAUGUGCUGCAAAACCUGCCAGGGCCACUAGGGGGCGCGCGGCACCCGGAGCCACAACCGGCGCUGGCUGGGAUGGAGAAUGGAAUCGGGGGUCCCGCUCCUCCCCUCCUCUAUCCCUGCAGCUGGCUGGAGAGGGGUCCAGCCCAGCGGGAGCUGGGAGUGUAGGGUGAGAUGGAGCCGGAAGUUAUUUAUUGGGAACCCCUGCCGGGCCCUUGGGUGGGGAAAGGGGCAGGGCUAACUACUCCAAGGGCCCCUUUUCAGCCGGUCCUCCCCCCUCACAUAGUCUGACCCCCUCCAUGGUAGGUCUGGGGAGGGGACAACUGUUUGCCCCAGCGCUCUUUACAUCUACCUUUAGGGAGUUCUGAACACUUGCCUCCCCACCCCUGGAUCAUAUUAUGUACUGUGAAGAGUGGGGGUGAGGCAGGGGCCUGCCAGUGCCCUGCCCCCCAGCACUGCCCUAACCCCCGACUCUGAGCUGAGGGUAUCUAUGUCUGCUAUAGGGGAGAGGAGUUAGCACCACCUCCCUGACACCCUUCCCCUGACCUGACUAGGGGGAAGAUCCACCCCAACUUCUGCCCUGCCUGUCCCAGGGGGUCCCCAACAUCCAGGCCACCCCUCCUCAUGGUGCUACAGGCCCUGCCCUGGGGUCCACACAGUCCUCACCAGGAAGCCCUCCAUCAAUAAAGUUCUGUCUUGUGUAGAUUUC